CAUACGUUCGUCUCUCCUGAACAAAAAUUAUUUAUCUAAAUAGGUACUAGAAUUUUUAUUCUGGCAGUGUUAUUUCGCCUAAACUAUGGGUUUAUUGGAUGAUUUUAUUGGAAUCGUUGAAUUUAUUCCCAAUAUCUAUAAGUACCUAUCUAACUAUCCACUACGAAAUCCUCAUCAACCAUUCGUUAAAAAUAGUGUAAUAAAUGAAUUACUAAGGGAGGAGAUCCGCCUUAGUUAAACGGUUUAGAGUUUGAAUUCGUUCUCACCAUACAUCUUUUAGUUUGAUUAUGGUGAUGCUGUCACAAUUUAUGUCUACUUAUUACACUAUGUUGGAUGAUCUCGCGAUUAAAAACGUUGUUUGUGUGAUAAACGAAUACUUUACGUUGAGAGAUAGGAUGGAAUGACAAAAUAAUUGAAAAUCUCGACGUGGAAUUUUUCGCACAACAUGUCAUUUCCAAGUAAGAUAGCCGGCCUGCUAUUUUUUCUCGUUUUCGUCGAUGUCACAUUUAAUCAAAAUGCGUCCAAUUCGCCAGUUUCACGCUCAAAUAGUACUGAUACGAGUAAAGAUCACUGCAAUAAAACAGUCGAUAUUUACGAUGAUAUCCUGAGUCCAAAAAUAACACCCGAAACUUAUGGCAAACCUAUGCACUGUUGGUAUCGUUUCCGAUCAUUUCGAGGCACCACUCCCCGGGAAUGGGUACUUCGGAUACGAUUCAAAAAAUUCAAGUUUGGUACUUUAGUAAAUGCUACAGGCUGUGUCGGUGGAUUCAUGCAGAUAGUUGAUGGUAACGCGAAAACAAACCUCAGUAAUAGAAAAGAUCCAGGAAUGUUCUGCGGAGAAAUUGAACAAAUGCAAACAUUCAUUUCGGAAACGAGCUUUGUGAAAAUAUCAUUUCAAACUGAUAAUUUUACUGAUCAAACUUAUUAUAGUUUUGACACCAGAGCAGAACAAGAAUUUGAUUUGUAUCCGCGUUAUGGCAAACAUCCGGAGUUGUAUCCAAACAGAAGGGGUCAAAUUGUAUCUGGAACCUACUGCCAAAGAUUAUUCAAAGACUGUAAACUGCAAACAUGCUACGUUCAAAGCCCCGCAUACCCCGGGGUAUAUCCUCGAGGAUUACAUUGUACCUAUCAACUCAGCACUAGACUACCUUUCAUUAAAUUGUACAUAGAAAACGAAGAAUUCAACGUAGACGGUCAACGCUGCGAAAACAUUAUAACUUGUCCCAUGAGACCAAUUUCAGCCGGAAUACAACACUGCCCUUACGACUAUUUGAGAAUUUACGACGGUAAAAAUGCCAACAGUAAAGAAAUCGGAACAUUUUGCGGAAUGGGAAAAUUCCCUUUUUCCAUUAUUGGAAGUAGUCAGGAUCUUUUCGUAGAAUUUAUUACCUCGAGGGCUGGACCGCUGCUGAAUACCGGAUUUCAUUUCAACGUUGGUAACUGGCCAGGACAUGUGGAAACAGCGGGAGUAAAAAAUGGAACCUGUAACUGGGUACUAUCGAGUAAAGAUUUAAAUGAAUUGGGCACAACCGAAGGUAUUUUCCUCUCUAUUGUGCAUUGGUACCCGCCGCGUAUGCGAUGCACGUAUUUAAUUCAAGGUUCACCUAAUCAAAUAGUCAGAGUGUAUUUCCCUAGCUUAAGAAUUAAUAAAAUAGAAUCUCCAAUCGAACCUUUCGACGGCGACUGCGGAGAAUCGUUAACCUUAUACGAUUCAGAUCAACCAGAUGAUUCGAAGAUUAUUAAAACAUUUUGCAAUACGUUUUCACGUGCGAUGGAAAAACACGACUUUAUUUCAACUAAAAACUCAUUGUUUGUCAGUUUUGACAGCAAAACCGGAAGCUAUUCCGGUUCUUCGAUAUAUUAUUGGGCUCAUUAUGAUUUUUUCAACAAUACCAAGUUUGGAACUCCGGUACCGGGUACUGAUUGCGAUGAAGAAUUUUCAGCGUGGAAAAAAGAAUCCGGUGUUUUUCGUUCACCCGUCAAUACGCUAAUUUAUAAAAAAAUCACUGCGGAUACAAUUCGAUGUCGUUAUAAAUUCAUCACCGAUCGUAGAAUUUUCGCCCGGGUUCUUCUCACAGUAGACUCGUAUUAUUUCAAACCUCAUCCAUACCGAACUACAUCUUGCCUGAAUUGCUGGACUGAAAAAACGGAUAAACUUGUCCUAUGGGAACCUUCAUUAACACUUAAUGAAACCAGACUAAUUGAAGGAAAUUCACCCAAAUCCGUUUGCCUAUGUACAAAUGGUACAGAAAGAGUCACAAAACGAUCGACAUUUGUAUCUUUAACCGAGAGUGCAGCACUAGAGAUGCAAAUCGAGCCGUCAUAUUCAGCGGCUAACUAUUUCAAAGCAAAUUUUUCCCUAUUCGAAGCUACGUAUAAAUUUGUUCACGGACCGCUAUGUGGGCCCGCUGUUUAUAAACCAGCUAUCGAAGGAGAGCUGCAUUUUCCUUACUUCGAAGCUUUAGGUUUCAUCGAAUCUCCACGAAGUGUACAUUGUAUAUGGGAUAUUCAAGUGAAUAGAAAUCACGACUUAUCUCUACACUUCGAAAAAGUUAAAUUUGUUUCUAGAGAUUGCCAAGACGGACGUUUAGAGAUACAUUUACCUUCAAUGGAUAAAACAUUUUUGACAAUUUGCGGCCAUAACGUAAGCGCUGCUUUGAGAGGAUUCAGAAUAAUAACGAUGGGAGAAAUUACACCAAAACUGGCCACAGAUCAUAAUCGUUACGUUCAAAUCCAUUUCAUAGGACAUACUACACCAGCCAGAGCGAGUUUCAAAAUUGUGUGGUCAGAAUUGCAUCAUUUACCGCGAAAUGCCGACGGUUCUGUAAAAACCAAAACGAAUUAAAAAUAAUUUUUGUACAAUUUCACGCGCGUAGUUUCAUUAAAAACCAACAUUUUGCAUAUUUUUACGUUUAUACCUACCAUAAAUAAAUUUUUUCAAAAACUACAA